ACUCCCCCUAAUACUGCAGGACUGAAUGGGCGAGGGGGUGGUAUUGGGUCUCCUCACCCCACUCCUCCUACGAGGAACGAACUCACCCACCUACUCUCCACCCAUCCACCCAACCGACGGCCUGUGCCACCCCGCCUGCCCACCCACUGGCCACCCGACUGCCGUCGAGGAAACAACCUGCAACCGAACCAGCAUAACCUUUCCUCGAACACGAUUUUUAUAUACAUAUAUAUAUAUAGAUAUAUUUAUUUAUAUCCUUUGGAAACACUUAUCAACGUAAAAUAUCAUCAUCAUCAUUAUCAUCAUCAUCAACAAAAGUAACCGAGGGAAGGUUGUAUACAAGGACCCAGGGGGUGGUGCUGGGGUGAAGGAGGAGGAGGAGGAUUUCUCGAGGGUCUCUUCAAAAACAGUGGCUCUCAACUGAAAUUCCAAAACAAUAAUGGAGGGUGGAGGACCGGGUAUCGGUCGUCUCGACUGUUACGAGGAUAUGUUUAAGGAAAUUACCAGAAAACUCUACGGCGAGGAUCCCGAUCACAGAACCUCAAGUGUACAAAACGAAUUUGAGACUUCAGUGUCUUAUAAGACUGAAGAUGAUACGGACAAUGGCACUGAUCUCAGCGAUGAUUGGACAUGUGAUGAUGAACCACUUAAGGGAACUGAUGGCAGUCGAAUUGCUGCCUAUCACUCGACAAAAACCACCUGGAGAUGCUACGAGUGUGGUGACUUAAUGGGUGGGGGGCCUCGAGAGGUAGCCGAACACUUUUAUGAAUUGCAUUCCUCAAGGAUCAUUGGAGACGACACGAGGAGUAGACAUCAUUCGACUCGUAAAGAUUACCUGCACAUCGAACUGAAACUUGAGGACGUUGUUACCUACCUGGAAAGGGUGCGAGAUAGGGCCGAAAGAUCUGCGCCACCUUCGCGUAGAACACAAGAAACACAAACAGUCCCAGCAACAUUACUUCCUGCCACUUCCACAUUUCUACUACAGGAAUUACCAUCAGCACCGGUCUCUCAACAUUUACAUCAGAAUUCAGCAAGUAUGACGAGUACAAGUCCAGUGGUGGCUAGCGGUAAACGUUACACAUGUCCAUUUUGUCCCUACGGUACGGAUAGACGUGAUCUUUAUACACGUCACGAGAAUAUACAUCGUGAGGAGAAACCAUUUCACUGUUACAUUUGUUAUAAGCCAUUUAAUAGAGCUGAUCAUGUGAAGAAGCAUUUUCUACGAAUGCACAGGGAACAUGUCUAUGAAUUAUCGAGAAUUCGUCGUCCACCUGGUAGUACAAGUACACCAAAGCCAAUACAGCAAGAUACAAGCUCAACUGGAACUACUAACAAUCAACAGCAGCAGCAACAACAACAACAACAACAGCAGCAGCAGCAACAACAGCAACAGCAGCACGCCACUUAUCCCUCGGGAUAUAACAAUAACAAGGGUUAUCAGCUACAGUCUAAUUCAGCAUCAGGAGCGAAUAACACAGCUCUUUAUCAGACAACAACGACGACGACGACGACCAACAAUAUGCCUACGCCCGGUAUCAUGCAACCAGAAGCAAAUUGCAGUGGGAGGAGAAUUCAGAAUGGCGGUUGCAAUAGCAAAAGCCAUCUUAAAGGGGGAUCUAAAGGAGCACAAGAGAGAAGGUACACCUGUUGCUAUUGUUCGUGGAGUGGUGUUGACAAUUGGUGUUUGAAACGACAUCUUAACACACAUUUGAAACCAUUUGCCUGUACACUUUGCGAAUAUAAAGCAGCGCGUGCUGAACGUUUAGCGACUCAUGUUCUCAAGGUACACAAUAGAAGACAAUGCUCAAGAUGUUCUUUCUUGGCAGAGGAUGCGGCACAAUUACAGGUACAUCAAUUACACGUUCAUCGAGUCACAACCACUAGUUCAUCAGCAUCUGUUGCCUCCUCACCAACAUCAGCUCAAUCGCAAACACAAAAUCGUCAUCAGCAACAACAACAACAGCAGCAGCAACAACAACAACCUUUGCACCCCGUUGGUGGAGGACGACCACCACCAGGACCACCUGUUUUUCCAGCUCCAGCAUCAGCAAUAGUACCUUCAACAACAAUUAUUCCUCCAAAUACAAUUCUUGGUGACCUGAGUAAUGCCCAAAGAAGACGAAAGCAGAGUCAACCGAGGAAAGUGCUUCACAAAAUGAUUAUCGAAGAAAAUUGCAUCAUACCAAAUGUUAAUAAUGAUGAUAAUGAUAAUGAUGAUUUGGAAUUAAUGGACGAUUUGCAGAAAUUAAGGGAAAAAUAUCAAAAACAACAAAAAGGAUAUUUACAAAGAAAUAUGAAAUGUUUCUCAUGUCCAAUUGAUGCACCAGCGAGAGGACAAAUUUUUAAUCCUUAUCACAGUCGUGCUUCAUUAUUACUUCAUAAACUUUGGAAACAUAAAAUUAAUGAAAAAAAUAAAUUACUAUUGUCAUCAUCAUCAUCAUCAUCGGAUGAUGAAGAGUCUGGUGAAAAUUCUCUCAUUCUUAAAGCAACUCUUCUCAAUAGUAAAAAUUAUUUUGAUCAUCGAAGAUAACAAUUUUGGAUGGGGGGAUUAUUUCCCUCCUCAAUUUCUUUUUUCACACGUGCCAUUUUUCUCUAAUAUUAAAAAAAAAAUUUUUUUUUUUUAAGAGAGAAAAUUCUACAAACUCUUUAUUAUAAUUAUUAUUGUAAUUAUAAUUAUUAUUAUAAUUAUACUUAUUAUUAUAUUUAUAAUAAUAAUUAUACUUAAUAUUAUUAUUAAUAUUAUUUUUUUUUAUUAUUAUUAUUCAUCAUGGAAAAUUCCAAAGAAUCGUUGAAUAUUUUCACGCCUCAAAGUGAAUUACCAAAGUUAUUUUCAGUUUUUUUUUUGUUUGUCCAAAAGGACAGUGAUCAUGUGUAAAUAACUAUAAUAAUUGUUUCUAAAUAUGUGUCUCAUAAAUGUAAAUCUCCUACGGCUUUAUAAAUGUAUAAUUAAAUUCUCGAUCCAUUCUAA